AUGAUGUUGUUUUUAUUGACGAACAUGGUUGAAAGCACUCUGAUGUCAACUGGAGCAUUUGAAAUCUAUCUCGAUAAGGAACAAAUUUGGAGCAAGCUUGAGAGCGGUCGCGUUCCUUCCCCGCAAGAACUUUUGCAGAUGAUCGACUCUCAGUUGGAGUUAUCUGGAAAGGGUUUCGGCGGCGGUGCUGGUUUUGGUGACUUUAACCAUUAA